CUUUGUUAUGAGACCUGAUUCAGUUGAAGAAAGCACAAGAAGAGAGAGACAGGAUGACGGAGGAAGAGAAAGAGGCCUUACCUCCCUUGGCAAAGUUCUCGGCUAAGUGGAACGCGGUGGUGACUUACAGACAAGAAUCACACACACGCGCCAUUGAUAGAAGAUCUUGGAUUUCCUUCGACAACCAACCACACCGGUACAGUCUGGACCCAAUGGAGAUACCAAUUAAUUCUAUGGGAAGAACUGGUCUAAGAGGGCGUGGUGUGUUAUGGCGCUGGGGCCCUAACCAUGUCAUCAAGGCAGUCUGCACCAGGUGGCGCCACAAAUACAGUGAUAACGAUGCGCAGACUGGCUUCCUGUAUGUUGAGGGUAAACGUGUUCUUGAAUUCAUUGCAAUCAAGAAGCUCGGCGACGAAGUUACAGUAGAUUCUGGCUCCACCUAUGGUCUUCCAGGUGGGGCCCUACAUGGACACAUAUCUCCAUACAGUAUGCAGUGUCAGGCCUUCAUGAAGGAUGUUCUAAUGGAGGAUCAGGAACCCAAAAAUAACCUGGACCAGUCCGACAUGAUACAGUACUUUGCCCAGUUUGCGGCUAAUGUGAGCACCCCAGUUCGGACACCUGUCACACAGCUGCCUAGUCCUGUGUCCAACUGCGGAUCCACCACCCAGAUAUCCUCCAUCCAGCCCUUCUUGGCUCGAACAAGCUCCCGGACAAGCUUGCGUACCCAUGCAGAUGGGGACAGUUCAGGCUACAGUGCAUGCUUGCUCUACAAAGGCUACGUAGAUGAUCCUCGAAACACUGACAAUGCCUGGGUCGAGGCUGAGGUGUGGAACUUUCAUUAUGAUGGUGGAGACACAUUUGAUAUCAGGAUUCCAGAGGACAGUACAACAACUUGGAAGGAAGUUUCACCAAAUGUGAAGAUUUUUGGAAAUGAAGGUGUUAUUGUGCAAGAAGCUGCAAAAAUUCAUGAUGCAUAUCAUUGACACAGGAAAAAGAACUAGAAUAUUAUAUUCAUCGAUGUCUGCAUUAAUUGGAUUGUGAAGCCUUGAUCUUUCUGAGCAUGGGAGAUGUUAGCUUGGACCAGUGUACUAAAUAAUUAUCACCUUAACUGACUCUCUUGCAAUUACAUGUAAAUAUUAAUUGUUUACAAACUGUUGUAGCAAUUUAAUUGUUGUAAGAUAUUUGGUUCUAGAUGGCGUUUCUUUUUCAUAAUUUCAUACCAGGGUAGAAACAUUUAAUUUACUGUAAAAUCUGAAAUAAAACGCUACAAACAAAAUAAACAAACAAGUAUUGACAAUUUUACAACUAUUCAGUGAAAUGUAUGCUAAGUCUUGUAUACAAAUUUGUAAAAAUCUUAAAAAAUGCUUACUAUCACAAACUUGAUUAAAUUACACUUACUGCGUAGAAAACAUCAAUUUAACCUGGAGGAUUAUAAUCUGAUGUCUUUAAUUUGCAGGUUGCAAUUGUUUUCAAUUGCAUGACGAAUAUAAUGCAUUGUUACUAGCUGCAGUAAUUUUGUUUUUCGAUUUUUGGACACUAAUACAUACAAUGUAGAGUUCGUUGUUUUGAAAGUCAGAAUCUUUAACCAUGCAGUAGGAAAAUAGUAAAAACGAUGAUCUGUAUCGUUGGUUCAAUGGUUUUACUUCUGUUCAUGGUUCUCUAUGUUAAACAGACAUGUGGUGGUCAUUAUAAUUAUUAGCUCACCUGGACCAAAGGUCCGGUGAGCUUAUGCCAUGGUGCGGCGUCCGUCCGCCGUCCGUCAACAUUUGCUUCAAAUCG